AUGGCGGCCCCCACGGAUGACAUGUUUUUCUCCUGCGUGGAUCCCGACAAAGUUGCCAGCGGCGUGGAAGUGCGAUUCAUCGACAACGUCAAGGGGAAAGGUCUGUUUGCCAAGAGAAGCAUCAAAAAGGGAGAGGUCAUUUUCAUUGAACGCCCGCUUGUCUCUGCCCAGUUCCUGUGGAAUGCUUUGUAUCAAUAUAAAGCAUGCGAGUACUGCUUACGAGCUCUGGAGACGGCGGAGGAGAACGCGCGGAGACUCGCGGGCAAUCCGGCCCUCAGCCUUCCUUAUCCGGAACUCUGUCCUGUCCGACCACAACUCCACCAAGUCUGCCCUCAGUGUCAGGUGAUGUACUGCAGCGCUGAGUGUCGUCAAGCUGCUACGGCUCAGUACCAUCAAGCGCUCUGUCUCGGGCCGUCCCAUGGAGAGCCACACCACCCAGUCAACAAACUAAAAGACGCCUGGAGGAGCAUGCACUAUCCUCCAGAGACUUCCAGCAUCAUGCUUAUGGCCAGAAUGGUUGCUACUGUUAAACAAGCCAAAGACAAAGCACACUGGCAGAAGCUCUUCUCACACUUCUGUAGCCGCACAGCCAAUGAGGAAGACGAGCUGGCCCACAAGCUCCUGGGGGAGAGGUUUAGGGGUCAGCUGGCGGUGCUACAGAGUCUUUUCAAAGAGGCGUUGUAUGAUGAUCAGCUGAGUCAGUGGUUUGUUCCCGAGGGCUUCCGCUCGCUCUUCGCUUUGGUCGGAACUAACGGACAAGGCAUCGGCACAAGCUCUCUCAGUCAGUGGGUUCACGCCUGCGAUGCAGUGGAGCUUCCCACCCAGCAGAGAGCGCAGUUGGACUCCUUUAUUGACCAACUAUACAAAGACAUAGAGAGAGAAACUGGAGACUUUCUAAACAGCGAAGGCUCAGGACUCUUUUUACUCCAAAGCUCAUGCAAUCACAGCUGCAUGCCCAAUGCCGAGGCUUCCUUCCCUGACAACAACUUCCUGCUUCACCUCAGUGCCCUCGACGACAUCGACCCAGGCCAGGAGAUCUGUAUCAGUUACUUGGACUGCUGUCAACGGGACAGAAGCCGUCACAGCAGACACAAAAUCCUGAGGGAGAACUACAUGUUCAUCUGCUCGUGUGUCAAGUGCGUCUCGCAGACGGACGAGCCGGACUUGACGUCAGAGGAGGAAGAGGACGAUGAAGAAGAAGCAGAGGCCGAAGGUGAAACAGAAGGCGACAACAUGGAAGACGAGAUGACGGACGUGUGAUUUAAAAAAAAAAAAAAAAAAAAAAAAAAAAAAGGGAAAGACCACGUUUUUGUUAGUCUUUUGACAUCCAACCUCAUCCAUCCUCUAGCAUGACGUGCACAACAAUAAAAACAACUCUUCACGGUCAAUAAGACAAAACCUUUCACUUUUUUUUCCCCUUUGUGGAACAAAAUGGUUGCUCGGUGUAGAUGAAUGGUGCUGCCAUUCUUUGCUGGCUGAAAGUACGUGUAUUUGCAGGAUGUCAUUCUGGGCCACACUCGAAUGAAAAGGAAAAUGCUAUGACAAUAAAUUUCUAAUUUAAGAAUGUUACUAAGUUUGUUUACAAGAGUUUGCACAAAAUGUGUACAAGUUGCCCCAAUAUGGUGUUACAGGAAAUAAAAACAAUAAAAAAAUCCCAGUUUAAGGAGGAAAAAAAAGUCUUGUUUCAAGAAUCCAGAAAGUUGAGAAAAAUGUUUUUUUAAGAAA